AUGGACAAUCGGUUUCCUAAUUCAAAGGUAUCUCAUCAAGAAAACAAUGAAGCUGGUGCUUCUCCCAAACCCAAGUAUGAACCUAGUGAUGGAGAAGAUUCCACAGUGAUUGAAGAUGUAUUGCCAUCUUUUGAAAUGCACAAUUAUAUGUUCAAUAGAACCAUUUUUGAUACAGAAAAUAUAGCAUCACUGGAACAACCCCCAACUUAUGAUGAGGCACCGCCGAAUACAACAGGAGAUUUGAAUCGAUCCAAUUCUUCACUAUUCGAUCAAAAUAAUUUUGUUGACCCCACCAAAAACCCGAACUUGUUGCUCUUGAACAAUUUAGAUAAAUUCCAAAAACUGGAUGUACCUCUCGACAUCCAGAUCGUUUUAACUAAAAGUAUCCCCAAAAUAGGGUCACCUAAACCCGAGCGAGAAAACCCUCUUAGACAGUACAGGCCCGGAGAAGUUGUUUGUGGUUACAUUAUCAUUGAAAACAAAACCAAGGAGCCCAUUCCGUUUGAAAUGUUACUGGUAUCGCUAGAGGGAAAUAUGACGAUAACCAACCCAGCCAAACCCCAUGAAUUGAUCAGAAAGAAAUUCUUGAAAACUUAUGAUUUGAGUGCGUGCUUUCAUUAUGGCUGUAUUGACCUUGCAUCUCAAAAUGUUUCCGAGAACACAUUCAUUGACGAAUUUGACCAAACUUAUCUGGGGUUUCAAAAGGGAAGAAGAAUCAGGACUAAUGCAAAGCAUAAGAAACAUUUUGCCUUUAAGCUGCCCCAUUUUUUGUUAGAUACCGCAUGCUUUGAAGAGUUACCAAAUCAUUUAAAGCUACCACCAUCUUUUGGUGUGGAUAACUGCGCGUUUGGUGGUGACGCAAGAGAUAUAAGAGUUGACAAUUUACAUGGAUAUGGUAGGUUGAAUGUCUAUGGGUCUCCCAUAAAAACAAACGAUUAUGCAGUAUACGGCCAGUCAAUUUCUUAUCUGAUCAAUGUCCAAUUUAUUGGUAGAAGGUUGGAUUUUUAUAAAAAGUUCUACUAUAAAGAGACAUCACACGAAUAUGACUUUAUUUCCUUGAAGAAUGUUGAACAUUAUUUCAGAAUUGAUACCAGUGAUGUUUCAACAGAUAUUCUCAACCCCUUAUGGAUGAGCAAUUUUGGUGAAAUGCCAACAAAAGAACAGCUCAAACUAAUUGAAAACCUUACAACAGAUAAGUUGAAUGAAAUUCUUGAAAGGAAAAACCUCAAACAGAUUGGCAUCAAAGAUCGAUUGGAACAGGAUCAGAUUAUCUUUUCUGCAUUGCCAACAUCUAAGAAAUCUGAACCUCAUAUACCCUCGAAUUCAUCGGAUUUACCAACCAAUUUUGACUUGAAGGAGCUGAAAACAGCCUUUGUUAAUGACAACGGGUUUUGCCGCCAAAAAGCAAUUACUUUAGUUCGUGAUUUCUUCAAUAAAGUUGACGGCGACUUAUCAGUUACUAUUAGUAUGGAUAAAAAUGCCCAGAUUAAAUCGUUGAAGCCGAAAUCCCUAAGGAUGGCAAGUAAAAAUCCAAAACAGUACAACAGCGAACUCCAAUCAAUAAGCUCCAACACAAACAUUCGAACCCCAUUAACAUCUCCUCAAUUAGAAACAGCAACGUCUAACAUGUCAUUAGAUACGUUGAUUAAUGCAAGGCUUGAUCAAGAAUCAAUGUUUGUUUCCUUAACUUUUGAGAACAGAAAAGGAUCAAAAAUUCACUUACCUAGUACUAUUACAAUUACACCCAAUCUACAGGUUUAUAAUGUGGAAUCACCCUAUCCAAUUCCAAUUACUUUUGAUAACCAGUUCAUAUUUGAUUUUGGGUUGGAGGAACCAUACCUAUCAAACUUGAAGAAAAAGUACAAGUUUUACUACCAACAGUUAGUUCAAGUUUUAAAAGAGCUCGAAACAGGCCUAGCUAGAAGCUUGUAUGAUAAAAUAAACAGUUUAGCAGGACUCAAAGUUGAGAAACAUAUAGUGAGGAAGAUCUUUGAGUCACAUGUUAUUGACUUGCACAACCAAUGGAAGUUUGACGAAGCCGCACACAAGUAUCAAUGUGAAUUCCAACUACCACUAGCUCUGGACAUGAGAAGCCCUGACAGAUUGAAUACUCUGUGUAUUCCGCCAACUUUUCAACAGUGUCUGUUGUGCCGUCUCUAUGCCAUCAACCUGCAGGUGUCUGUGAAAAAGGCCAAGAAUACACUCGAAAUGACAUUCCCGGUAUCGGUGAUUUAA